AUGUCUCUCGACACCCAGACUCAACCUCCAUCUCACCCCUCAUCAGCAUCCCAACCCCAACCUACAAGUAAAAAGCAACUCACCCUCUUCGUCGACUUCCACAUCCACCCCUCCCGCAUCGACGCCUUCAAAGCCGCCCACCGGCCCGUGUGGGCCGCCUGCGCCGCGGAGCCCGAGUGUCUGCUGUUCGACGUGUUCCACUCCGCGGACGACCCCACACAUUUCCGCUUCGUCGAGGUGUGGGCCGCGGACCGGGAGUGGUUCGAGACAAAGCAGCUCACGAAACCGUACUACGCGAGCUUGUGGGAGCGCAGUCGGCCGACGUGGCUGCGCGAGGUGGAGAUUCAGUACUUUGAGAGGGAGGGGGAGGGGUGUUGUUUUCGGGAAGGGUAUUUGGCCGGGGGGAGGAGGAUGGGGUAG